UAGCUCGCACAAAAAGGUCAAAAGUUAGUAUUUAUUUGGAAGAAUUUCCGAAUGAAACUUGUAGGAGUGAUGGACAAGUUUUAUACUGUCAGUCUUGUGAUAAAUCAGUAUCUAUCGACCAACGUGGUCAAGUUAUUCAGCACAUCAAUACCAGUAAACAUAGAGGCAAUAAAGACAGAAAGCUUAUAUUUCAACAAAAUUGUAUUUCUACAUCAUCCGCAUCUACCAAUAAAAAAUAUACUGGCCAUAAAAUUCCCGACGAGAGUACAUUUAGAAAAAAUUAUGUUAUUGGGGUGUAUGAAGAAACUAUUUCGAAAAUUCAAAAUAUCAUUGGAGAUGGCCCUAUUUGGGUUGGAGUAG